UUAUUAUAGACCUUUCGCACCACUCACUUUAUCUCUACUGCUUCUUGGAACACUCUAUCGCUUCUUAUCGCGAUAUAAAGAUAAAAUUACACACUUUAUUGCAUUCGAACAUUCACACAUGCGUGGGCCAUCAGUCGAAUGUUUUCGAGAGUUCAUGUUUACACUACGUAAUUCCAUCUGAGUUAGAGGCUUUUGCAUUACUGCAUGCUCAACACGAGAAUCCCAGCUCGGCUGGCGGCGCUGGCCUUUGGCAACCUUGUCAGCUGUCAGCAACUGGGUUGCCUUGUGCGCAGUCAGCGCUGAAAUCUCUCCGGGGAAUGAGGUGGUCUGGGGAAAGUGCCUGAGCAAAUUGGCCCCAAUUCGAAGUGGCUGUGUGACAUGAUUGCCCAGUGCGAGCCACAGAGCUCCUGAGUGUCCAGUGUCGACUGUGUGAGCGCGAUUCCUGCCCAUGAGUCAAGUUCAUGGGUGCUCUGGCCAGCCGUGAGAGAAUGUGAGCAGCGAUGGACGAGAAGUGUCUCGAGGAGGGUGAUCUGGACGAGGAGAGGCUCGUGGUGCCGGACAAGUUCUGCGUGCGCCUGCAUCGGUGCGUGUCGCACAAUCGCAUCCUCAACUACCUCCUGCCCAGUGCCGUGCUGCUGGUGCUGAUCCUGGUGGUGUACUUCUUCAAGGACUCCUUCAAGGCGCUGCUGUUCUGGGCAGAGAACCAGAACUCCUGGUGCGUCUUCUUCAUCUUCAUCGGAUUGUUCGCUGUCGUGAGCUUCCCCGUCACAGUUGGCUAUCUCGUGCUCAUCAUCACGAGUGGCUACAUGUUCGGACUGAUUAAGGGCCUGCUCACGGUCAUCCUGGGCGCCAAUGUGGGCGUCGCGAUAGCCCAUAACACCAUCCGCAGCAUCCAGACAUUCCUUCCAGUCCAAAAAUUGAUCAAGAACGAGACGGGACGUGCAAUAUUGCGAGUGAUUUCCGGACCCAGAGCGUUCAAAGUCGUUCUAUUCUGUCGACUCACGCCGAUUCCCUUCGGCCUGCAGAACACGAUCUUCGGGGUGAGCGCCGUGAACCCGCGCAGCUACCACACAGCCACUCUUUUGGGUCUGCUGCCGGCGCAGACGAUCAAUGUGUACCUGGGCUCGACGCUGCGCUCGAUGCACGACGUGCUGAACGACCAGAAGACGGCAUUGGCGGGCUACAGCAUCUUCGCCGUGCAGACGGUGAUCGGCGUGCUGCUGAUGGCGUGGGUGGUGCAGAAGGCGCGCACGGAGCUGUCCAAUGCGCUGCUGAGCGACAUGGGUGUGGAGCACAAACUCCUGAAACGUUCCAAACUCAAAUGGAUGCGGAAAUUGUACAAAUGUGACAAUACAAUAGUAAUUAAUCCGCGAAUAAUUUAGUUUCUUCCGGAGAGAGAGAGACGAUUUUAAUGCCAAUUUCAUUGUAGAAUUAUGGUUAACCUUUAUUGAGAAGAAUUCCAAGUGAUUUGAUGUGUUUUUGGGACGCCCUGAACAAGUUUCUAACGAAUUUUUGGCAUUUUUCUCACUCAUAUGAAAUGAAUCGUAUAAAACAUUUUACAUGAUAUUAUUUCCUCGUAAUUUAUGUUGAUAAGGACAAAUAAGAAUGUUCAAUUACAAUGACAAGUAUGAUAAAAAUA